CAACCUCCCAAGUCUAAAACUCCCGCCGCUCUUCAGACAGCAACAUCGACGCCCGCCGCCCAAAUUGAGCGACUUUCACCCCCCGCCCGCGACUUCUGCUGGUGAGAUUAGGCUUCGUCGUCGCCAUUGGGACGAUUUAGAGGCGAAUUAUAACGUUGUUUCGUGGGCAGACUUGUGUGUUUAUAGAUAAGAUGCCUGUAACCACCCUCAAAGAAGAUGCAGAGGUUGUCUCUGUUGAAGACGACAGACAAUCCAUGUCCAGCGGAUCCUUGUCGCCCGGUCGUCCAGCAACUGCUAGCCCCGACCACCCAGAGGAUGCUCAUGGCUUAUCACGCGACCAGACUCCUGAAGCUUCAGAAGGAGAAAAUAGCAAUGGCAAAUGGGAGACGCAAAACCAAGUAGUACUUACAUCAGAGAUCGAAGCAGAAGAAAAAAAAAUGGAAAAGGAGAGUUUAGCUGAGGAAGAAAGGAUUUGUAAGGAAUUGGAAGAACAUAGGGAAGAUGAAAAGGAACUGAAAGAGAGAAGGUACAAGAGGUUGAUGCAUCUUCUUAAUAAAUCAGAGUUCUACAGUCAGUUUCUCCUGAAGCAAAUAGAGACACAGGAUGCAGAAAACAAAAAGAAAAGAGCCAGACAAAGAGGUGGUCGUAAGCCCAAAGAGGAGUCCCAGUCUGAAGGUAACAGUUCCCAAGAAUCAAAUGGAAGUGAGAGUGGAAGGAAACGCAAAGCAAGUUCGAGGACUUCUGCAGCCAAACGCCAGAAGCGAGAUGGGAAGUACAACAUUAGUGAUGUUAUAGACACAGAUGCUGUGAAAGAAAAUGCAGCUGCAAAAGACGAGACCCCAGAAGAUAUUGUACAAGCUGAGCAACCCAGACUUUUCAUCAAUGGCACCAUGAGACCAUACCAACUGGAUGGAUUUUCUUGGCUUAUGGUUCUCUACGAAAAUGGUGUCAAUGGUAUUCUUGGUGAUGAAAUGGGUCUUGGAAAGACCAUCCAGUGCAUAGCUCUAAUAUGCCAUCUUGUAGAGAAAGGCGUGCAAGGACCGUUCCUCAUUCUCGGACCCCUGUCAACCCUGCCGAACUGGAUGGCGGAAUUUAAGAGAUUCGCACCUGCGGUCCCUGUGGUGUUAUAUCAUGGAAGUGAGCAAGACCGUAUUGCGAAACUAAAAGUAAUAAACAACAAAUCUCUCGUGGAAGGUACUCCACACAGUGUUCAUCCAGUAGUUGUUACUUCCUAUGAGGUUGUAAUACGUGACACAAAAUACCUGAGUAAAUACAUGUGGCGCUAUCUUUGUGUCGACGAAGGUCACCGGCUGAAGAAUCAUAAGUGCCUGCUUGCCAAAUCUUUGAAUAAAUUUAUUUCGUCAAAUCGUCUUUUAAUGACGGGUACGCCACUGCAAAACAAUCUUGCCGAGUUGUGGUCUUUGCUGAACUUCUUGAUGCCCGAAAUCUUCGAUUCUCUCGACGUGUUUGAGUCGUGGUUUGACAUAACAGACUUGAUGGAAGAUGACAGUAAUGAGAGGAUUGUCCAGCAGGAGAGGGAACAGCAAAUCAUCACGACACUCAUGAAGAUUUUAAGCCCAUUCUUUUUGCGGAGAGUCAAGAAGGAUGUAAAUCUUGAUCUACCACCCAAAAGGGAACUGCUUGUUUAUACACCCAUGACAUCUACACAGCUCUCUAUGUAUGAAGCGACUCUACAAUAUGACAUGGACGUUUUUAACAAAAUGAUGCAGAAAGCCAUGAAGGUGGAACCACUGGAAUAUGAUGAAAAAGGAAGACCGAAGAGAAAAACUAAAAAGGGCGUAGAUUACGCAGGCUUCGAUUCUGAGUUUGAUUCUCCUGAAUUCGAGAAAUUUGUGAAAGCUCUCAUGAAAGAAGAGGAGGAAAAAAAUGCACCAAAGAAAGAGGUCCAGAAGACAGCAGUUGUGAGAGUAAAACUGCAAAACCGAUUCAUGCAGAUGAGAAGAGUUGUAAAUCAUCCUUAUCUGGUGAAUUAUCCUCUGAACAAAGAUGGCUCUUACAAGGUUGAUGAGGAGUUGGUAAAAACCUGUGGGAAAUUGCAAGUAUUGGACCAGCUUUUGGAAGAGCUUCACAGGAGAGGUCAUCGUGUGCUUCUAUUUUCUCAAAUGACAAUGAUGAUGGAUAUCCUGGAGGACUACCUAACGCUGAGACCAAAGUACAGGUACAAGAGAUUGGAUGGCAGCAUAUCACUUGAGGAACGCCAAAUUGACAUUAAUGAAUUCAACCAAGAAAAAUCUUCAUAUUUUUUGUUUUUGAUAAGCACAAGAGCUGGUAGCCUAGGAAUAAAUCUUGCUACUGCUGAUACUGUGAUAAUUUAUGAUUCAGAUUGGAACCCACAGUGCGACCUUCAAGCUCAAGAUCGAUGUCACAGGAUUGGGCAGACCAAACCAGUCUUGGUUCUUCGACUAAUAACGGCCAGUUCGGUUGACGAACGUAUCGUAGACAGGGCUGCUGCUAAAAGAAAAUUAGAGAAGCUAAUUAUACAGUCGGGAAAGUUCCAGGCAGGAGAUGCAAGAAAACGUGGGAAAAUGUUGGAGAAGAGCAUUGAUAUUGAGGAGCUCACAGAAUUACUCAAGCAGAGGGACCAUGAUAGAAUCCAUAAUACUACAACUGGAAAUGUGUUUUCAAAGAAAGAAAUUAACCAGUUACUGGACCGAAGUGACUUGGUUGCAGCAAAGUGCUCAAGUCCGAGAAAAGGCAGGGACCAGUUGAAAGGAGUCUUUAAGCUGGUUGAAGAAGAGGACAACGAAGCCAUAACUUCUGCUUGAAGCACAAAGCUUGGAAAUGCCAUUUGAACAGUAAUUGUAGGUUUAGCUUUCAUUUUACAUAAAGUCUGCCUCAUAAGAUUUUUUGUCCAUAUAUGGAAGAGAGAAUACAAAGCUGGCUUUUGUUAUAAAUUACUGUAUUAUUAGUAUACUGAAAACUCUGUUCUUAAUAGGUACUGCAAAUUUCAAGUACCAAAAUAUUAAUCUUGAAAUGUGGUCCCAGUUGUUAUUAGAUUCCCGUAAAGUUUCUUCACAAGUUUCAUGAAAAUUUGAUUCAGGUCUGUAAGAAAUAAGUUUGUUCCCUCAUUUUGUAUUGUAAGAAAUUUAGAAAAUUUUAAUAUUCAAUUAUUGGCUGUGAACAUUAAUGUGUUAAGUUACUUAUGUUUAAUUUUUACAUUUUUAUUUUUGGACCCCUAAAAAAUCAAAUAUACCCUAAGAAACUUUAAAUUUCAUUGCAUAUUUCAUAAUUUUUAUUUUUAUUUUACUAUAAUAGAUUUUUUUUUUGAGGAAAAAAGAAUGAAUGUGUGGUGGCUGUCUUUUCUGUGGAAUGUUGUGAUUUUGAAUUUUUCAGUCGAUAGUUUAUAUGAGUAUUACUGCUUGGAGAGUUGGUGGUAACUUACAGAGAUAAAAGAAACAAUUUUCAGGAGUAUGACUGCUUGGAGAGAGGGUGGUAUCUUACAGAGAUA